UAUUUUAUUUUUGCUUGUUGUUAUUAUUUUUUUUCUCAAAAAAUUACAAAUUUACACAAAAAAUUAUUUUGAAUUUUUUUAAAGAAUCAAUUUUUACUGCCAUAUAUUUUAAAAGUGAAACAUAUAAAAAAAAUUAAUAAUCCAUCUAAAUGAGAUUGAAAAUGGAAACUUCGGGUAAUGGAAAGAUGCCGAAGACUUCAGGAAUUGUUUCCGGAGCAUCAGCCACACAACAGAAUGGUUCAUCAGCUAGUACCAGUAGUGGCAUUCGUACAGGAACAGGCAAUGGUGCUGGUAUUCAUCAUCAGAAUGGUAGUUCAUUAACAUCAUCAUCAUCAGCCAAUAAACAUCGAAUUUCAACAACAACCAGUAUUGGAUCUAGUGUGAUUGGUGGUCCUACCACACCAUCUUCAUCAACGUCUUCAUCAUUACCAACGCCUGGAGCUUCUUCAUCAACGUCGGCAUCUUGGCCACAAUUUCGUUUUGCUACCACAUUGCCAUUAAGAAUAUUAGUGUUAAAAGAUUUAGUUGGUGCAAUCAUUGGACGUGGUGGUGGAACUAUUCGACAAAUUACACAAGAAACACAUGCACGUGUCGAUGUACAUCGUAAAGAAAGUUCAUCGGCAAGCGAAAAUAUUAUCAUGAUUUAUGGUAAUCCAGAUAAUUGUUCACAAGCAUGUCGUCGUAUAUUGGAAGUGAUGCAACAAGAGGCCAAAUCAUUGAAUCGUCCAGAUGAGAUUCAAUUAAAGAUACUUGCUUCCAACAAUCUUAUUGGUCGUAUAAUUGGUAAAGGUGGUAAUACUAUUAGACGUAUUAUGCAACAGACUGACACUAAAAUCACGAUUAACAGUGCCAAUCUUGCUUCACAAUAUCAACUUGAGAGAAUCAUAUCGAUCUCGGGACAAUUGGAAAAUAUGUGCAAAGCUGAAAUGAUGAUUAGUCAAAAAUUACGUCAAUGUUUUGAAAGUGAUUGUAUACAAUAUCAACAAUCAUUAAUGUAUCAUCAUCCGAGUGGUUUUCAUCAUUCCUCGUUACCUCCUUCAUCAUUAUUACCGCCUGGUCAAUCAACUGCAGCCGGACCAUUAGGUAUGCCGUAUUCAUUGGGUCCAGGAUCACAUCCAUCCCAUCAACUGCCGCAGUCAAUGUCUUAUUCAGCAUUAGGUGCAUCACCUACCUGUUCGAAUCUACCACCAUCCGCUUUGGUUGGACGGCCAUCUGCUGUUAUGGGUAGUUCGUCAGUCACAUCGCCAACAACCAGUGCCGCUGCUGGACCAUUAUCAAGUGGUUCUCAGUCUCAUUCGGUACCUCCCCCUCCUUCGACACAAGGCCCAGCAGCUACACAAGCAUUCUACAAUCCAUAUAAUUUUGCACCAUUCAUGUAUUCGCCUCAUGGUCCACAAGGUAGUCUUGGUCCCCCUACGGCUCCAUUUAUUGGCGCUGGAUCUGGAGCUCAAAAUGUUCCAUCGCCAUACAUGAAUACUUAUCUAUGUUCAUCAAUGCUGCCAAAUUUGGAUAAUGUUAAAGAAACAGUCACGAUAUACAUACCGAAUUCUGUUGUUGGUGCCAUUAUCGGUCGAGGAGGAUCAACCAUUCGUGAAAUGAUGAAUAAUUCAGGAGCCACGAUCAAGGUUGCUCAAAUGAAUGAAGAAGAUACAAGCUUAUCAACAACUGCUAUUGAUAGUAAUACCAGAAGGCCUAUGGAACGUCGUGUAACGAUUAAUGGGAAUUCAUUUUCACAGAAUCAAGCACAAUUUUUUGUAUUUCAAAAAGUUUAUACAGAAUUAUCGAAUCAAUCAUCAAUGACUGCCAACCCUACAACUAUAUUUCCUUAUGGUGAUCCGGCCAUUUUAAAAGUUGAAAUUAUGGUGCCCACUAAUCAAGUAAGACGUAUAAUUGGAAAAGGAGGUUCUGUUAUUACCGAAUUACAGCGUACAUCGGGCGCAACAAUCAAAUUGUCAAAAGAAAGUCAAUCAACAACGUCUUCAACAUCAUCAUCAUCACAAAUACCAAUAAUGACAACGACGACGACGACGACAACGACGGCCAAAUCAUCAUCAAUAUCAUCACCAGAAGAACCAUCAUCACCGAAUGGUGGUGAUGAUGAAACAUCAGCUACUGAAAAGUUAAGCCAACAACAACAGCAACAACCUGUGGCAUCAUCAUCAUCAUCAACAACAAUGACAAUUAGUGAAAAGCAACAAGAUCAGACAUCGGUCUUUAUAAUUGGUGAUUUUUAUUCAUCAUUUAAUGCUCAAAGACAAAUUCGUUUUAUUGUACAUCGAUCAAUCACUGCUUCAUCAUCAUCUCCAUCAUCAUCAUCGAUAACAACGACAACUACUGCUGCAUUAUUAUCAUCAUCAUCAUCGUCUGUGCCUUCUUCCGCAACAUUGACAACGACAAGUAGCCAGCCAUUAACAACGGCAACAACCACAACAACAAUAGCCGCUAGUAGUAAAUCGAUGUCGAUAACAAAAUCAUCAGAUGAAUCAAACGAAGGAACAACAACGAUAAAAGAUCAAGAACAAGAAUCGCAACCAAGUGAUGAUAGCAAAAAUGGUAGUAGUAGUAGUAGUACGGUGACAACUUCCGCAAUAAUAUCAUCAUCUGAAAACGAUAAAAGUACUGCGAUCACGACUGACACCACGAAGCCCGAAUCUUGAUUUUUUUCGGUUUUGUUUUUUUUUAUCAGUUUUUUUUCAUAUCUCAAUCCUUCAUUGAAUACAAAAAAAAAGAAGAAGAAAAAGCUACGACAAAUAAAAGGACCAUGGUAUAUUUGGUUUUAGAAUUUAUUUAGCGAAAAAAAAAAUUCAAAAUAUAAUCUGCUGCUCAUAUUGCUCACAAAUACACCUAAUAUACACAUCCAAAAAAAACCCAACAAAAAAAAUAACCAACAAAAAAAAUAUAACAUUUCGACAUUUGUCAUUGGUCACUGGAGUCUUCGUCUAAUGAAAUUUUCCUGAAGUAUCAAUUUCAAAC